AUGGAGAGAAUCACAUUGAUGUCUGUUCUGCUCACAGCCGUGGUCAGUUCGUCUCCACGUCAGUAUCACUUUGUGAAUCAGAACAUGAGCUGGACUGAAGCUCAGAGUUACUGCAGAGACAAACACACAGAUCUGGUCACUAUCAAUGACAGGAAUGAACAGAAUGACAUUAAUCAGCUCAUACAGAGAGAGAACAGCAGUGCUGGCCGUGUCUGGAUUGGGCUGAAGGACACAUGGAUUUGGUCUCUGAGUGACUCUGACUUCUACAGAGAAAAUGAAUCUCAGUACAGGAACUGGGAACCAUCACAACCAAAUGGAGAUGGAGACUGCAGCAGUAAAGGAUUCGUCUCUGUACAGGAGCAAAAGGACUGGACUGAAGCUCAGAAACACUGCACACAGUAUCACACAGAUCUGGCCAGUGUGAGGAAUGCGACUGAGAAUCAUCAGAUCCAGAACAUCAUAACUUCACCUGAACAAGCCUGGAUCGGUCUGUACAGAUCCUGGGUUUGGUCAGAUAACAGCAACUUCACAUUCAAACCCUGGAAAAGUAAUGAACCCAAUAUCGGAGCUAAAAAUGACAGCAUCUGCGCAUCAACUGGUAUCAGUGAUGAAGGACGAUGGACAGACGAGCUCUGUAGAGAACUGCAUCACUUUGUGUGUUAUGAUGAUGAACUGGUUCUGAUCCGAGAGAAUAAGACGUGGACUGAAGCUCUGAGAUACUGCAGAGAUUGGGACAUGGACCUGGUGUCGGUGGAUUCAGAGCAGAUGCAGCGGCGGGUGAUGAAUGUGACCUCGAGCGCCUCCUCCGAUCACGUGUGGCUGGGUCUGCGUCACUCCCGCAUACUGGGACUCUGGUUCUGGGUCAACGGUCACACCACGUGCUACGAUCAGUGGGCUUCUGAUUACAACACUGGACUGGACAAGUGCAAUGAGACGGUCAGAUCCGGAGCCAUUCGGACCAACGAUAAUCGCUGGAUCAGCCGCCCUGAAACUGAUAGAAACAACUUCAUCUGCAACAAGUGAGCGCUGGAGAGUAACUGAUUACAUGUAAUCCACAUUACAAAUAUUCUGUACUUGUAAUUACA